AAGAACCAAUCACAGUAUUCAUUAACUGAUCUGGAAUCUCCUCCUUGUGAGCUUUCCAAUGAUGUUAGAAUCAAUCUGCUAGGACAUUCACUUCAGGAGAUACGGGUUUUUCCCCACAUCCUCUCUAAUACUCGAGGUCACGCUGACCGCAAGGCAGCGCAUUCGGGGCUGCAAUGCAAACUGCGUUUGGGACGAGGCUUGCGGUCCGUGCGGUUUAGGUGCGGUCCGUGCGGUAAAGCCCGGCCAACGUUUUCAGCGACGCAUGCGUGAUAUCACGAAGACCACAAAGGUGAAUGUGGUCUGGAUGUUGCAGAGUAGCACAUGACAAGCGAAGAUGGCGCCCCCUAUAACUACGUAUGGAUAUUUGACUUUCAGUGUUUUGUCUUUCUGUUUCCUGGGAACCCUUUAUUACUACUGGAGACCUCGAGCUCUAACAUUUGUCGCACUCACGCGAAAACCAAAUUUCAGACCAGAUUACAGCGUUGAAAAGGCUGACUUUGAUGCGAAGGGCACUGGUGUUAUGGUUUUUCUGCAUAUUCAGAAGACCGGAGGCUCGGAGUUUGGUCGUCAUUUGCUACACUUGGACGUUGGUAAACCGUGUAAAAUUACAAAGCCAAAAAAUGGUUCUAAACAUACUCCCAAAAAUUCAAAGUGCUAUCGACCUGGCCAGUCGAGUAAGCAAAAGAAGGGUAAGGUACAAGAGACGUGGCUGUUUUCUCGUUUCACAACAGGUUGGCCGUGUGGCGUCCAUGCUGACUGGACAGAGUUGCACGAGUGUGUUGCAAGGGUGUUGGAAUAUCGAGAAGGACAUAAACAUAAAGAACGGGAAUUCUUUUAUGUGACUAUGCUAAGGGAGCCGGUUAGCAGAUUUGUAAGCGAAUAUGCUCACGUGAAGCGUGGUGCAACAUGGGUUAGUGCAAGACAUUGCAACAAUCGUGAGGUCCCAAAGAAAUAUUUGCGUGACUGUUAUCCGGGGUUUUCUCAGGGCAAGCGUUGGCCGUCUUUGACGUUAGUAAAGUUUCUAACUUGUCCGUUCAAUCUUGGCAUCAAUCGACAAACAAGAAUGCUGGCUGAUCUGACACUGGUUAAUUGUUACAACACAGAUUCAUAUUCUAGAGAAGAGAGAGAUAAGAGAAUUCUUGAGAGUGCUAUCACAAAUCUCAAAAGUCUUCCCUAUUUUGGUCUUACUGAAUAUCAAGUCUGGAGCAAAGAGUUGUUUGAGCACACAUUUGAUUUGAAAUUUACUGAGCCGUUUGACAGUGUUCACGAACAGAAUGUAUCAAAAUCUCAGGAAACCUUGACAUCGUUGCAGGAUAGUGAAAUAAAUUGGAUCAAGGAAGUGAAUCAUUUGGAUGUAAAGUUGUAUGAUAUCGCAAAGAAAGUAUUCCUAGACAGAGUGGAUAGAAUGAGAAGAAACGUUUCAUAUUUUCAUCAUCAGUAUUGGAGUAGGUAUUUGGUCAUCGACGGCAACUCUGAACUUGAGUCAUAAUAGAUAUUUUGUGGACAAAUUCUAAAAUUGUGGUGACAUUGAGUUGACAGAUUCUAUAGGUUAGUUUUAGGAUAAGUGAUGCUAUAGCUAUUUCUUCAUGACAAUGUCUGAUCAAUGCAUCAGAGUAAAUCUAACAACAUAAUAUAAUAAGCUAAGCUUAGCUACUACAUAUUGGCGUCUGCGUUGUUUUUAAUAGGUUUGAUGUGUCGAACGUGGAAUUUAUAAUGAAGUUAUGUGUGCUGUUUAUC